AUGGCUGGAGGACAAGUCAAAGAUGGUCUUAGAGAAAUUAAAACUAAUGGGGAUGUGGUAAUGUUCAUAACUGAGUAUAAGGCUGAGGAGAGUGUGACUUUUUACUUGGAACAUUUUGAUCUAGUUGAUCUUGAUGCAAGAUAUGAGGAUGAGGAACAUUCAUAUUCCCCUUUUGAAUCUGAAAGUGGAACAGAUCUUGAGUUUGUAGCAGUUGAAGGUGAUGAAUCUGAAAGUGAUAGUGUUGAUGGGACAGAUGUGUUGCCUGACCAACUAAUAAAUCCUGAACUUGUGGUUACUUCAGAUGUUCAAGCUUUGGUGGCUUUUGAAAGUUCAAAGAAUCCUGAUGCAACAAGACUUGAAGAUUUUGAUGAUGAGAAUGGAGAUUCAUCUGAUUUAGAUAGCAUCUGCUCUUCUGAUGAGGAUACUGACCCUGGUAAGCCAAAAUUACAUAAGUUCAAAUUGUCUAUUGAAAUUAUUUUUGUAAAGGGACAAGUAUUCUCAAGGGCUAAACUAAUUAGGACAUCUGGGAGAGAGUUUGCUUUGCAACAAAGGAAAAAUAUUUAUGUUAAGAAAAGUGAGAGGAAGAGGGUUGUGGUUAAGUGUGUUGAGGGUUUUCCAUUUUACAUGAGGUUUAGCAAGGCUCCACCUAAAACAUACUUUGUUUUAACUACUUAUUACCCUGACGAUAAGUGUCAUUACGGUGGGAGAACUAGAUUGAUUAGAACUUCUUUGUUGGCUAAGAAGUUGAUACCACUCCUGAAACUAACACCUCAUAUGAGGAUAAAAGCAUUGAAGGACGCUUGUAAAGAAAGAUGGGGGGUGAUGUUAAGUAGCUAUCAGUUAUAUAGGACUAAGAAGAAGGCUUUGGAACUUAUCCAUGGUGCCAUAGAUGAGCAAUAUGUGCAUUUGAAAAACUAUGCUAAGGAAUUGUUGAGGAGCAAUCCUAAUAGCAGUGUGAAGAUUAAGUGUGCUGAUAGUGAUGUUGGGCCAGUUUUCCAAAGAAUAUAUGUGUGUUUUUAUGCAUGCAAGAGGGCAUUUGCAACUACUUGUAGGCCAUUAAUUAGUCUAGAUGGGUGUUUUCUGAAAGGAAGAGAUGGGGGACACUUAUUAGCAGCAAUUGAGAAAGAUGGAAACAAUCAAAUGUUACCAAUUGCAUUUGCAGUAGUAGAAGCUGAAACAAAGGAAGCAUGA